UUGUUAUGGAGAUUUAUGCAAGAAACAUAGAAGACAGUUGCAGCAACUACCACAAAUGAAGAUGAACAUGGUGAAGCACCAAGCUGUUGACUUUAAUUUUAGACGUGUUAAUAAUAGAACGAACAGUGCCAUUGAUAUCACCGGUGAAACGAGUCGUUUGUUUGUUAAUGGUAAUGAUAUGCUCCAGAGUAUCAGUAAUAAUAGUAGUGAAACAUUUAAUGUGGAUAUUCAAACACCAUACAGUAGAAGCAGUAUGCCUUUUAAUAGCAGUGUUGUGGUUUCAUCCAUUCUCACUAACAUACUUACCCACAAAUAUAACCCAGAAAUGACAAAACUCAGUAGCUUACCCGUCAGUGAUACCAUAUGUACCAAAGGAUUCAACAGAAACUGUAUUUUUAAACGCAGUACAAGAAUUGAAUCCAGUAUAAAAAAUUCUCGCAUUAGUAAAGCCACAGUGAAAGCUGACAGUGGUGAUUCUGGUGAUGGCACCUUUGAGAGAGAGAAUGUAAUUUAUGGUGGCAUUACCAGUGAUAGCAUUCUUGGUAAUAGCACUUCAGAAGGAGGCAGUAGAAGUAGUGGAAGCAACAUUCUCAUCAACAGAAGGGCUUCUGCCAUCAGUAGUACUGCCUCCACCAGUAACAGUAGCUCAGCCAUAACCAACAGUAUCAACCGUAAAAGGGGAGAACAUAAUAAGAAGAGGAAGAAUCACAAACAGGGACGGAUGCGUCGUGGUCGUGGUCACAGACGCCUUGACCGUAAACAAAAGCAUCAAGGCAGAGGACUGCAACGACACAACAGGAACUUGGCUCUUUGGAUAGACAGAAGACAAGUGAAAAUGUUUAGUG